AUGUCAGCUCGGGGAUCGCUCACUGUUGGUUCAGUGGCCGACCUUGGUCGGCGCCCGGACAGUCCCAACGUGAACGUGCCAGCGUCAACGCUCCGCGCCAAGUCCACCACCGGCGUGUCGGACCAGUGGCGGUUGGCGGAUGGCAUGGCGCCGGCCGAGGCGUCGGUACGUCGGUACACGGGCCGCCCAUCGUCACCCACUUGCUCCUAA